AGUUUGGUUUGUGCAAUGGGGGAGGGGCCCCCGUCAUAUGACCCCAACCGUGUGAUGAGCUGUCCCGCGUUCGGUCUCUGACUGGAGCCGCUGGGGGAAAGUCCUGAGCAAUCCCAACAGACGGUGGAUAGGAAUGUCUAACUUCAGUGUGAAGAGGGUCCGGAGCCAAAGAGGUUAAAACAAGCGACUCCCUCACUUCCCGCCUCUCUCAAACGCACGCCCCACCAGCCAUGGGCAGCCGCGAUCACCUGUUCAAAGUGCUGGUGGUGGGGGACGCCGCAGUGGGCAAGACGUCGCUUGUUCAGCGAUAUUCCCAGGACAGCUUCAGCAAACACUACAAGUCCACGGUAGGAGUGGAUUUUGCUCUGAAGGUUCUCCAGUGGUCUGACUCAGAAGUGGUACGGCUCCAGCUGUGGGAUAUUGCAGGGCAGGAGCGCUUCACCUCUAUGACACGACUGUACUAUCGGGAUGCCUCUGCCUGCGUUAUUAUGUUUGAUGUUACGAAUCCCACUACAUUCAGCAACAGCCAGAGGUGGAAACAAGACCUGGACAGCAAGCUCACACUGCCCAGUGGAGAGCCUGUGCCCUGCCUGCUCUUGGCCAACAAGUGUGAUCUGUCCCCUUGGGCAGUGAGUCGGGACCAGAUUGACCGGUUCAGUAAGGAGAACGGUUUCACAGGUUGGACAGAAACAUCAGUCAAGGAGAACAAAAAUAUUAAUGAGGCCAUGAGAGUCCUCAUUGAAAAGAUGAUGAAUUCCAGAGAAGAUACCAUGUCUUUGUCCACUGAAGGGAACUACAUCAAUCUACAGACCAAGUCUUCCUCCAGCUGGGCCUGCUGCUAGUAGUCUUUGGCUUGUUUUCCAUCCAGUUCUAGGAGGUUUUGUCAUCUCUUCCCUUUGGUUGCCCACCCAGAAAUUUUACUGAGUGCAUUUGAAUUGUCUCCUGCCGACUGUCCCAUAAGGAGGUCCAUUGCAACUUAGAAAAGACACCUGAGACUCACGUGCAUCUCCUGGAUGUCAGCUCCGACUUGCUGUCGGCUCAUGUGGCCCACUUAGUGCCUUCUGUAUAAGAAAGAUCAUCUCAUCUCUCAAUUUGUGAUCUGGAAUUUUGUGAGAAGGAUUAGAAAUAAGCAUCUGUGUUUUAAAUAUCAUAAUUUUCACCUACUUUUCAGCUUAUUUUUGUCAUUUGCUGUACAUUGAUAUAACUUCAGAUUGAGAGGAAAAUGAGAUCAAAUGUCAUUUCCCAAAUUUCUUGUAGGUCAUUGCUUUCAGAUUCUUUCUGUCUUGGACUUGGAGUUUAAACAUCUGAUUCUGGGAUGCAGAAAGAGGGGCUCUGGACAUCUGUGGGCUUGGGGCUACUGGAGGUAACCCAGAAGUCACUGUAAAUUUGAAACUUCUAAAGUCACAAUUAACUUUCUCUUGGCUUCAAAAAUAGUCAAGCUUUUAAACUACGUAUCUUGUGCGAUGAGAGCAUUUCUGUCCACAAAGAGCUUAAUCCUCACAUUAGGAUCUUCUAGUGUCUCUCUACCAGUGGAAUGGGGGCACGGUUUGCAGAUUUCUUUGUUGAUGUUUUGAUGUAUAAUGCUGCAAGUGACACCUGUUAGCUGUGGUGCUCUGAAGUAGGUCUGUUCCUUGCAGCUUUGGGAAUCCGAAUGAAAGAAGAACAGUGAGAGGUUAACAUAACAGAAUCAAGCAGGGCAACUUUAUGAGCACUGUGGGUGGCUAGCACUUAACAGCCAUAGGAAACAAAUAUAUAUAUAGGCCUUGGCCUGAGGGUGGAGAGUGGAGAGAAAAUCAUUAAGUAAUUUAGAUGCUAAAUUGGGCAGGAUUUUUAGUAUCAAAUCACUUCUAGACAGUUUAAUUUGUUAAAUUCUCUCUAAAAUGGUGAUUUAUAACCUACCCAAAGUUAUGAAUAUUCUUAAUGAACUCAGAGGCCUGGAGUUCUUCGAUAGACCUUAAAUAAGUGUACCAAAUCAGUAGUUCCCAAAUCUGGCUGAUCAGAACCACCUGGGGAAUUUGUUAAACAUUUUUUAAACGUUUUAAGAUUUCUGGGUUCCAGUCUCAAACCUACUGAAUCAAGAUUUCCAGGGGUGAAGCCUGGCAAUGUGUUGUUUUCAAAGCUUCCCAGGUGAUUCUGGUCAGCCUGGUUUGGAAACCAUUACUCGAGAACUCAAAAGAUACAGAGACUGAGGCCUUUGAAUGGCCUGGGUUUCUAUACACUCUGUUAGCUCUCCAGGUGAUUCUGGUACCCACCAGACUUUGAAAACUACUGUCCUAAGAGGCCAGAGGCCAAAUAUCAGAAAGAGAAAGGGACCAAGCAUUCAGUGGUUUUGUUGUUGUUGUUUAAUGCCAGUUAUUAUGAUUUGCACAAUUUUUUUAAGACCCUGAAGUUCUCUUUUGUAUUACCGUUUUCAGGUGGGGUUUUGAUUACAAUGAUUCUGAAGAAUAGUGAAGUAACAAAUUCCAUUUACGUGAAGAGAAAACUGAGUUUUAUUCACUGGUUUGAACCCCUGCAAAAUUAAAUAAAUGGGAACUAAGUCUUGUAUUCAUGGUAUUUAUUGGUCUUUAA